UUGAUACCACUUCAGGUUCUACAUUUUGCAAAGCGAUAUUUUGUAUAGUUGGAUUGUUUUAAGAUUCAGAAUUAUUUUUAUAUUUUGGGGCGAUUCGUUAAGUUUCAUAAUUUGUGUGAACUAUUUUUGUCCGUUUGUUCUACAUUCGUGCGGAGAAAUAUAUUUUGACACCUAGGAAAAGAAUGUUCCUAUAAGUUCAUUCUCUAAGUGGGUGUUUGGGUGAUGAUGAUGGAUACCAUGGUGGAAAGGAUGCUGCGCAUGGAUCUACCAAGACUGUGGACUCACAUAGAGUCUGUGCAUUGUGACUAUGUUGAAAUGGAAGAUUGCACAGAUAAAAUAACACUGAAGAAGCAAUUGGAAGAUCACAUAAUGGAGUAUCUGUAUGUAGCUCCACCGGAGUCUAAAUUCAGCCUGGCUGCGACUGCGAAGGUGUUCCAACGGACAAUAACCGAGAUGUCGGACUUCAGUGCAUACCGCGCCGGCCUCGGCUGGGCGGCCAUUGAGAACUACGCUAAUAACAUCUACUUGCAGCCAUGGCGGAAUGAAUUUAAAGUUGUCAGGCUAUACUCGGGUUUCUUCAAGCACGAAGUGGAGGCUAACUUGGUGGGUGCGGACAGCAUGCUGCUGGCGCUGGGCUACCGGCCCGAGGAGCGCUGCGCCGCGCGCCUCCAGCUGCGGGAGCCCGUCUGCAAGGACUUAGCCCUAGCGGUCUCCGUGGACGCCAUUGUUGCACAGUGCGAGUGCCAGAUAAUGUCGCAAGUGCUGGAGCGGCUGGGGGGGCGCGGCGUGCGCGCCAGCUGGCAGGACGUGGCGCGCCAGCGCCAGGCGCAGCUGAGCCUGGUGCAGGCCGCGCCACCGCCCCCCACACUAGUAGCGGGCUACUAUGGCGACGAUUCGGAACUCUACUCGAAUAUGGCCGUGACGGUAAUGGGCGACACGCACCGCAUCAACAUGACACAAGGGCUGUACAAUGCCGGAGUACCGCAGGGUAACAAUGUCUGUCCCGGCGUGUCGCCUGUCGAGGAGCCCUUACCGCCGAUGUUGCACCCCCCAUACAUGGUGCAGCCGCACAUGGCCUACCCCGCGCUCCCGGCGCUCCCUGCCUACCCCCCCCUGCACUACUUCCCGGUGCAGCCGCCUUACAUGAUACCCAUGCCCGUGUACGCGCCCGUCAAACACGCCACCAACAUCCCCGUCAAUGGAUACCCGCCCAUACAGCAGUGCGCGUAUCCCGCCGCCCCCGCGGUGCCCGCCGUGCCCACCGCACAACUUAUAGAAUUGGACACGCCCUCCAUUUACGAGAACGGCAAAUUCGAAAGACAUCGAGAUGAAGAAAGAAGUAACAAGAAGAGCGGCAAGCAUCUCGACACACCUAAACGAACGUCAUCGAGAUCUGGUUUCAGUGACGUCACGCUACCGAGCCUGCCGCGCUCCGACACGCAGCCAGCCUUGAGCAAAGCCAAAGAGGACGGCAUGGGUACAUACGAAAGCUGGGAUUACGUGUUCAGGAAUUUGUCGAGUAAGGAUAAAGACGGGGACAGCAGAAGUGGCUUUUCGCAGUCCCUCGACAGAGAUUCGAGAACGUUAGAUAGAUUGGAAAGAGAGGAAAGGAGAUCUAAGUAUCAACCGACCACAUUGGAUUUGGAAGACGGAUUGCAAGCUCUCAACCUCGACCGGACUUACGACGAGGAGAUUUACAGGACGGCGACGGUCAACGAGAAUCUCAACAGGUUGAAGCAGGAACAGGAGUCGAAGCGGGCGAAGCAUCUCGGCAAGAAGCACGAGGAUGAUAAAAAGAAACGUCACUCGGCAGAAGCCAUCGGAAAUCCCAAAGCUGACGGCCUGAUACCCACCAAAGUGCCUUCGGAUAAAGUUAAACUACUGUCAAAGCAGGAAAUAAAAGACAGAAAGGAGAUUAUAAAACAGCAGAGUUCUGUUAAUGGGACCUUAUCGAACGGUGCCGUAGUAAAGAAAGUGAAAAAACCAGCAAAGUUGGUCGCUGCCGAGAUUGAAAGGAAUAGCAAAAGCAAACCGUUAGAGAAUGGCGUGGACCGAGCGUCGCACCUUACGAGGAUUGCUACAACAUCCAGUGCGCAGCCGAGUUACGACCUUAAGGCUCAGUUAGUCGUGACAUUAGACGAGCCUGACAACACUCGUCGCUCCCCACCGAAAUACAACCAUCACAACGGCGAUAAAGAAGGCUCUUUAAGUGGAAACCUGUACAAUAACGAGAAAGGGAGACCAAAUACGGCAGAGAGCGAGUCAAAGAAAGACAAAUGGCAAUGUUCUACAUGUACGUAUUUAAAUAAAUUAUCAUUACAAGCUUGCGAAAUGUGUGGUAAAUCCAAACGUGGUCCGGAGAUACAACCUCUGACGUCAGGCGGGCGAGAGUGCCCCGCCUGCACUCUCGUCAACACUCGCAAUGCCACCGCGUGCGACGCGUGCGGCACCAGCUUGCAACAUUGUCCCACAUACAUUUAGAGUUCAAAUUUCUAUGAUAAUGACUUUGAACAUGUUGCCAAGUUUGUUCUAGUUCAAACCCCGCCCUUGGACCAAACAUAUAAUAUAGUUACAAAUACAUGUGUAAAUUAAUCAAACUAAAAUAUAAACUUUUGGAUAUGUUUUUAAAUUAAUCUUUAAUGUUUUGUUAAUCCUUUUUAAAGACGGGUUUUCUUUAUCGUAUUCCUUUGGAUUCGACGAACGUAGCUCUCUCAAUGUACACGUCAACCGCAAGGGCGGGGUAAUUUUAUUAUUUAUUGUUUGAUAUAAUUUUUACCUCUAGUUUUAUUUAGUGGCAUCCCUAAUGUAGCAGAUGGAAGUUCCUUUAAGGCCCGGUGUCAUCUGUUAUUAUUUAUUUUUAUUAUAGUUUCACAUUGUGUCAAAAGUUCAUUCCAAUUUAAGAUUCGAACUAUCCAAACAAAUAAGCGUUGUUACAUUUUCUAAUCCCAUUGAAAAAUUAUUAAAAACGUUAUACAAUAGUGUUUUGAAUAAUUUUGCGAAAUCAUGUAAAAGGUGGUUUUAGUUUUUUUGAUUUUUGUUUUUAGAGUAAAAUUAUAGUAAUUUUAUCUAACUUUAGGUGUUGAGUUGGAAUGAACUAUACGUAGCUUCGAAUAUGUUGGCAUUAUGUGUAUAUUUUAAUGUUAUAUAAAGUCAUUAUAAUAUAUUCUCGUUAUUGUUAAAUUUGCUCAUGAAUAUUUUGUUUGUCUUGUAAUAUAUAAUAAAAAUUACUAAUUUAUUUGGUUACUACAGCUUAGUGAGACAGGGUAAUUGAAGGCGUAGGGAGAU